AUGUCUGUAUGUAAUACUAGUAUUUGCCUGCAGGUGGCGCGUCGCUGGGGCGCUCAGAAGAACCGGCCGGCCAUGAACUACGAUAAACUGUCCCGCUCCCUCAGAUAUUACUACGAGAAGGGCAUCAUGCAGAAAGUUGCAGGCGAGCGCUACGUGUACAAGUUCGUGUGCGACCCGGAAGCGUUGUUCAGCAUGGCGUCCCCGCCCCGCGCGCGCUCGCCCCCCGCGCCCGCACCCGCCUACGACGUCCUCUCGCAGCUGUACGGGGGGGUCGUGUACCCGCAAUAUCUGCAGCAUCCGCCCCAGACCGAAUAUCAAAAUAGACGGUAUUAUCAUCAUUUGGGACAUUACGAUGCGUAAAAUAUUAUUAAGUUAUUUAUAAAUGCAAUUAAUGUUAUUCUGCCGUGAUAAGCUUAAAAGCGGUAUCUAAAAAAAAUCAAAAUCUUGAUUAAAAGUCAGAUAGCUUAAAGAAAUACC